AUGAUAGAUAUUAUGUAAGAUUCAGAUUAUUUAGGAUAUCAUUAUGAAACUGAAUUUUAAAUGGAUAGAAUAUUGAUAAAAAUUAAGAGAAGAGAUUAGAAAGUUAAAGAAUAGUUUAGAUACUCUUGA